AUGGAUGACAAGGAAAACUCGACACCGACGUCGAUGUUGUACCAGGUGAUUGGCGCGCUGCUGCUAUUCGUCAUUUUUCUCGUCGUGUGGCUCUUGGGCUGUCGCCGCAAUCGACACAUGAUUGACAUGGAAGUUCCGCUGCUCUCGGGCGAGUCAGUUGACCACCGAAUCGACGCUGCUACUCGAGAAGCUGAGGCUGGAUACAGUGUGUGCUCGAGCUGCGAGUUUGAAAACUUCCGACGCUUUGAGUAUUGCGUGCUCUGCGGUGACAAACUCCUGUCUUUGUCCAUGACAACCGAUGAAGACAGGAGCACUGACGAUAGUGGCUCAAGUUCCUGUUCUUUAAAUAUGGACCAUGAUAGAAGAGAAGCGUCAUCUACCUUGUCGGCAGCCGAUAGAGGCACAAUCGGUCGUCUGCUGUCGCCUCGGUCGAGGAAGCUAUCGUCGAUGACGCGACAGCAACGUCGAGCAAGGAACCGCCGGGAGUGGAGCCGGAAACUCGACGUGGAAGGAAACCUCUUUUGGUAUCGCAGUGGAGGAGGCGACUUGCCCGUGAGUAAUGAGGUGAACGCGCUCAUGCCCGGGUAUAUAGUAUCUUUUAAGAUUUCAGAGCACAAGAAACAAACCGUAGAGGAACAGCACGCAGGAGAUAUUAUGGACGACGAAGGGGAAAAGCAAGUGCAGCAGGAGGGUGAGAAGGAUUGCGAGAUGUCGGAUUGGACUGGUGAAGCAGUUGAGGCGCCGGAGAAGUCGGACGAGGUUAGGGACAAGUUUUUCGACAAGCUCGAACUGCUUACAGGUGUGCGGACGGAGCUAACCGAGGCCUCGGCUUACGGACUUGCGGACUUUUCGACUGACCAGUCGGCGUCAGUCGACGUUGGUCCUGAGCGACGGAAAGAGAUUGUGGCUUUAGCAGCGAGCGACUUUCCGUCCAAGUAUGCGCACUUUGUCAUAAGCACGGCAUCGCUCAUUGUGCCAGCAGAAGUGGAGUUUCUGAAGUUGUCGGUGCACCGUGACUACAUGCUCGAGGAGUCUCUUGACCAUAUGAUAUGCAUCCAGCCGAGAAACUUGCGCUCGUUCAUGCGCAUCAACUUUUUGGAUGAGAGUGGUGUGGAUGCUGGAGGUGUGCAUCGCGAAUGGUUCAUGCUGGUGAAUCAGCUGCUGAUUUCACCGACGCUGCGACUGUUUACUUGCACGAAUAAGGCCGACCAGAGCUACUUUUUCAACUCACAGUCUCGAGCUGAAGUGGGCGAGGAUCACCUCGCAUGCUACUUUGCCACCGGACGUUUGAUUGGCCGGGCACUACUGGAGGGUGGCAUUUGGGGGUUUCAUCUCGCACUUCCGUUGCUGAAGGUGAUAUUGGGUGUGCCGGUGACGUUCGCUGAUAUGGAAUUUCUGGACCCAGAAACAUACCGCAGUUUGCAGUGGCUGAUGGAGAACGACGGAGUGGAGGAUCUCGAGCUUGACUUUAGUCUUGUGAAGCUGGUGAAUGGAUCCGAGAAGGUGGUGGUGGACUUGGUCCCGAACGGCCGUAAUGUGGUCGUUACAGAUGCAAACAAGCGCGAGUACUUGGACCGUCGUUUCCGAUACGCGUUGUUUGAGAGCGUGGCAGAUCAAAUGUACGCGUUCUUAUCAGGUUUGUACGAAGUUAUUCCUCGCGAUAUGUUACUUCUCUUUGACCCAGAAGAGUUUGACUAUCUUCUCUGUGGAUCUCCUGAAAUUGACGUCACGGAUUGGGAAGCUCAUACCGUUCUAUCUUCUGAUCUCGAGAACGCUAGUCUGACCCGUUGGUUCUGGGAGAUUGUUCGUCAAAUGCCGAAUGAGUAUCGCCGCCGCCUUCUACUGUUCGCAACGGGAUCAGCGUGUGUCCCUCUGUCUGGAUUCCGUGGCCUUACGAGCUACGAUGGCCGAUUAUGCCCUUUCAACCUCAAGGGCGUGUCGUACCGAAUGACUCAGUAUAUCUCUAGUCACGCGUGUUUCAACCGCUUGGAUUUGCCGCUAUAUCGCAACAAGAAGGAGCUAAAGAGCAUGCUGUACGCCACUUUGGACACCGAUCUCACGGGCUUUACAACAGCAUGA